UGUCUUCCUCUUUCUUGGCUUGUCUCUUUAUAGAGAAAGUUCCAAUGCAGUAAAUUCCAUUUGGUUCUUUUUCUUUUUUUUCUUUUUUCCCUUCUUUCUUCUUCUUCUUCUCUAGGAUCUUCCAUCAAUCCUAACCCAAAAAGCUCCUUCCUUCCAAUUCCAUUUUAAAUCUUCCCCUUCUGUGUUGUGCUUCAAACGAAAAAAACAAAAAGACAAAAAACGAAGAAAAAAAAAAAAAAGCCUUACAAUAUAUAUCUUUUUGUUGUUUGCCGGAUCUGUACAUAGAACAUUUUAUGUAAAUAAGUUUUGUGAACGGUUGGUUUUCAUUUUCCCCUUGAGAAACCUUCAGCACAGCUGACCAGAGGAAUAAAAAACAAAAUUUUUCUGUAAAAAAUUUUGAAACAUUUCCCUUCACCCCACUAUAUCAUCUGCGUUAGUUAAAAAUAUAUAUAUUUUUUUUCUUUCUGUGCCAUUCAAGUCUUUUUAAAGGCUUGUUUUGGUCACAUUUCAUGGCUACCGGAGGCUGGUGUGGUUUAGGCCCUUUGUUGUUUCGUAGAAAGGCCUAUGGACUCGAGACUCAUUCUUCUCUUUCAUUUUCCAUCUGUCCUUUGGGGAAGUGGGUUUGCUUAAAAAAGACAAUGAAGAACUCUUCUUACGUGUUCUCGAAGACAUAUUCUAAGAAACCAAAGCUAUCCAAAGGUGCUAGAAGUAAGAAGUCUUCAAGAUGCAAAGAUAAUUUUGUUCAAAUGAUGGAGCUAAGGAAGAAAAUCUUGAUUCUUAGAGAUAUCAUUGAUUUGCCUUCUUUAGAACGCUCUGCUUCUAUAAAUGAGCUGGUGGUGGGAACGAUGGAAGAUCUUCAAAAGCUUUAUCCUGAAAUCAUUUCGGAUAUCCAAUAUUCCGAAAUGAAGACGACAUGUAUUGAACAGAGUCUUGCCUAUUUCUGCACUGCACUGAAAUCGAUUGGCGAUUCGUGGAUGCUGAACCAUGAGUGGAGGGACAAAUCUAAAUAUAAUUUGUCAUCAUUUCAGGAAAACUCCAGCUUCCAAGAAAUUGUUGAAUCUGUGUUGGGUAUUAUUGAUUGCAUCGUUAGUAUGGCGAACGAAAGGUUUGAUGCGAUGGACGAAUUUGUUAACUCAAAGGAUUCUUCUUUUUCAAGAACUAGUUCCUUUGGUAAGAGCUCGAGUUCGACAGAUUCCUGCUCCGAAACCAAUAGCUCUUGCUGCUCUUCUCCAGAAACUCCGACGUCCGUCCUUGCAAACUUUCGGAGCAGUGAAAGAAAAUCUUCUGAAAAGGAGAAAGUCUCUUGUAGCUCUCCUCUUUUAUGGUCUCUUAGAGUUCAAGCAGUGGAAAAGUUGAACCCCAUUGAUGUCAAGCACCUUUUGCUUCCUAGGUUGUCUCACUGCGGAGUAAAUGUCUGCCCCGCCCCAACCAGAGUGGCGAUCGUUGAGGAAUCAACGAUGGAUGUGGAUGACAAGCUCACCUCUGAAAACACUGAUGCUGCUGAUGCAAAUAAUGAAAUGGAAGUGUGUGAUAUUAAAGAAGAGAAGGAUUUGAGCAAGGAAGCUAGUCAAAAGGCAGAUGGAAAUGAGGAAAUUGAAGUGUUAGAUACCAAAGAAGAAAAAUUGAAUUUGAGCAGGACAGCUAGUCUAAAGGCAGAUAGAAAUGAAGAAAUUGAAGUGAUUGAUAUCGAAGAAGAGAAGUGUUUGAGCAAGGCAAAUAGCCAAGAAGACAUUGCUGAGAGAACCAAUGAUUUUGAUUCCCAAGCUGCUGCAAUUGCUCAAGAAUUGCCUACAUCAGAUUUACCAACUGUUGUAUCAAAGCCAUUACCGCUGCUAUCCAAGAUGGCUCCCCCUCCCCCUCCCCCCUCCCCCCCCCUCCACCUGCCCGAGCUCUGCAACCCUCCAUAGUCAAUGCAACUGCCAACGCCAACGCCACCACCUCCACCACCACCACCAAUGAUGCAACAAAAUGCAGUAUUAGCUCAACAACUUUCACAGCCACCUCCUCCACCACCACCACCACCACCACCAAUGAUACAACAAAAUGCAACAUUGGUCCAACAUCUUUCACAGCCACCUCCUCCCCCACCAAUGCCUCAGAUGAAAGCACAGCCUGCUGCAGCAGAGUCAAAUGCGCCUCCUCCACCUCCACAAUUGUUAAAGGUAAUCGAAACGGUGAUCAAAGUCAAUGGACCACCACCACCACCACCACCAUCAAACAUUACUGGAACGAUGGUGAGAGCAGGUGUACCGCCACCUCCCCCUAUGGUGCCCUCAAAAGGGAGUGCAGGUCCAGCACCCCCUCCUCGGAUGGCCCAAGGCAAUGGGUUUGCUCCACCACCACCUCCACCAGGUGGUGCAUUACGGUCCUUGCGCCCCAAGAAAACCUCUACCAAACUAAAAAGAUCUCAUCAAUUGGGAAAUCUUUACCGGACACUCAAAGGAAAGGUGGAGGGAUGCAAUCAAAAUCUUAAGUCGGCUAACGGAAGGAAAGGUGGCGUCGGAAACAGUAACGGAGGAAAACAAGGAAUGGCUGAUGCAUUGGCAGAGAUGACAAAAAGAUCAGCAUACUUCCAGCAAAUUGAAGAAGAUGUUAAAAAACACGCCAAAUCGAUCACCGCGCUUAAAUCUUCCAUUUCAUCUUUCCAAUCAUCAGACAUGAAUGACCUGCUCCUUUUCCACAAGCAAGUGGAAUCUGUACUAGAGAAUUUAACUGAUGAAUCACAGGUACUAGCAAGGUUUGAAGGAUUUCCCAUCAAAAAGUUGGAAACUUUGAGAAUUGCAGCAGCAUUAUAUCUAAAGUUAGAUACAAUUGUCUAUCAACUACAGAACUGGAAGUUUGUUUCUCCCAUGGGACUGCUUCUCGACCGAGUCGAAAACUACUUCUCUAAGAUCAAAGGAGAAGUCGAUGCACUUGAACGAACCAAGGAUGAAGAAUCAAAGAGAUUCCGAGGUCACGGUAUUCAAUUUGAUUUCAGUGUGUUAAUACGGAUCAAGGAAUCAAUGGUGGAUGUUUCUUCUGGCUGCAUGGAGUUGGCUUUGAAGGAAAAAAGAGAGUUGAAGGCAGCAGCAGAAAAGACACGAAAAGGAGGCCGAUCUGAAAAUUCGAACAAGGCACGUUCAAAGAUGCUAUGGAGGGCAUUCCAAUUCGCAUACCGAGUUUACACCUUCGCCGGUGGACACGACGAGCGUGCUGAUAGACUGACCAGAGAGUUGGCUAUAGAAAUAGAGAGUGAAUCCCAUCACCUAUGAUUCUCUCCUCUCUCUUUUAAAAAGUUGUUUUCCUCUCCUUUCUUCUUCUUUUUGGCUGCAAGAGAAAAAAAAAAAAAAGAAUUUUUUUUAAAACACUGGAUCAUGUGAGAUCAGUGGUUGGUCUUACACCAUAUCUAGCAUUUUACUGUUUGGAAUGGUAUUAUUGAGUAAUGUUUGACAUUUAUGUUUAAGUGCUAAA